UGCAAAAGUCCUGCCUGACGCAGUCACUGAGCCGCCUCUCCUCCUUUGCUUUCUGCCUUUAUUCUCUGGUGGGAGUAACCAUGUCCUGGAGUUUCCAGGGGAAAACCCAGCUAGGGGGACUGCUCCUUUCUCUCCUUGGCUGCGUCUGCUUAUGCAUCACCACUGUCCUUCCCGAGUGGAAGACUCUCAGUCUGGAGCUGAACGAAAUGGAGACCUGGACCAUGGGGCUUUGGGAGGUCUGCGUGGAUCAGGAGGAAGUCGCCACCGUGUGCAAGGCCUUUGAGUCCUUCCUGUCUCUGCCCCGGGAGCUUCAGGCAUCCCGCAUCCUCAUGGUGGCCUCCCAUGGGCUCGGACUUACGGGGCUUCUGCUCUCUGGCUUUGGGGCCGAAUGCUUCCAGUUUCACAGGAUCAGACGAGUGCUGAAAAGGAGGUUUUGCCUCCUGGGAGGGACUUUGGAGGCAUCAGCUGCAGCCACUACCCUCCUUCCAGUCUCCUGGGUGGCCUACACCACAAUCCAAGACUUCUGGGAUGACAGCAUCCCUGAGAUCGUGCCUCGGUGGGAGUUUGGAGAUGCCCUCUACCUGGGCUGGGCUGCUGGUGUUUUCCUGGCCCUUGGUGGAUUACUCCUCAUCUUCUCAGCCUACCUGGGAAAAGAAGAUGUGUCUUCUCCCCACAUGGCUGUUCCUACAACUGCCCCGCCAUCCUGUGCGCCAGCACAGGUAUCUGAUGGCUCGUUCUACCUAAUGCCAAGACCUGGGACCCUGUUCACCUAGGACAAGCUUCUGCCAAGGAAUCUCUGGGACACAGGAAUGUCAGUAGAAUCCUUUUUCUUCCUUACCCUCUUCACUGUAUAUUUGUUUGCCUCAUUUUAGGGAUAGUGGUCACUGUCCUGUUUGUUCAGGAAUUUGACUGUCUUAGUGAUGUGAUGAUCCUAAUUUCAGAAUGAAAAAUCAA